ACAGCUGAUUUGCAUUCUGAAGACGUCAGUCACAUGACCACGUGGAUGUGAAUGUGUUUUAUGGAUUCUGUCAAAGGCCGAAACAAGCGUCUAUUACUCAUGAGACACGUUUCCACGUUGAAUUCACACUCUGUGAGACUAACUGUCGCGAUUUAUAGCUUGAAAAAUCAUGUCGUGGGUGAAAUCAGUGGCGUCUAGUGAGGAUGUGUUCGACGAGGAUGUGGAUGAUAUUAGUCUGCAGAACAAAGAAUGGAAGUACAACAUGGAAAAACGCACAAAGGAUGGUUACAGAGAUGGCAGUGAUGCAGGGAAAGAAGCGUCACUACAGACUGGUUUCAACAUGGGAUACACGGAAGGAGUCACUAAGAUGACGGUCAUCGGUCAGCUUAAAGGGAUCAUGAGUGCUGUUCGAUGCUGGUGUCAGGUUCAUCUGCCUGGAAGCCCAGCUUUAGAGUCAGUUACCAAUCUGCUUCAGAGACUGGAGACACAUGAGGACGGGCUUGUGGAGGCCAUGAGGAAAGCCCAGCUAAGGCCUCCACCUAGUGUGACUGAGAUGGUGGAUGACAUGGAGGACCUAAAUGUCGAGAACAGGAUCCAAGAGGGAGAAUCUAGGAGCUCAAACACUGGGAACUGUUGCGGGAGAGAUGGAGCGAAUAAUGACUGCUGUGGAAAUGUGAGAGAUGUGAGUGAAGAUUCACCAAGAGCUCUUUUCCAGGGUUCUUUGUCUACAGGAGAGAGUCUGAAACAGCUGAUGAAGUGCUGCUUGGACUUGAUAACAGAACUGGGGCUUCCCGAACAACUAAAACUUCACAUUCAGCAGCUCAUACACACUUGAAGUGGAUCCACUGCAGCAGAGUGUCUGAAUAACAUCCUGCGUGGGCAGGAAACAAGCAAAUUCCAGGAAAGAAAAUAGCCUGUGCAUUAGCUGACUCAAACUGAUAGUGUAUUUAAGGGGAUUUUUAUUUUAUUUUAAUUAUUAUUAUUUUUUUAAUUGCUGUGAUUCGAUUGAACUGCCGUUAUGCUGGAGUUCUACCACAACACUGUACAAAUUAAUACCAUUUUGUAUAAUAUAUGCUACGCCACUUAUUGAAUCCAAAUGGCCCUGUUUUUGAUUGUAAAUGACAAAACAACAAAAAAAUAUUCUUUACCGUGUACCUCUAUCCAUAUAUUAUGUUUUAUUUAAUCACACAUUUACCAUGAUUGUAAUAAAAUGCAUUUACUUUCUAUAGUGAACUGUAAUCUAAUUGAGUGAGUUUACCAUUUAUCCCCAAAUAAAAUCUAUUUAUUUAA